GACGCCGCUGCAAAAGCAUGAAAUCGGCGUUUCGAAGCGCCAUUGAGACGGCCGCGCUCACAUUUUCUCUCCGCUCCUCCAUAAACCCUAGGGCUCUCGGGAAUCCUCUCGUUCUCCGGCGGCGGCGCGCAGCUUCUCCGACCGUCCAUUCUCUGUUUGCUUCCAUGGCUCACGGAGAUUCCGGCCCCGGAGAGCCUUCGCCUUUGGUCUUUUCGCUGGAGAAGCAGUUCGAGGAAUUCCGACACCAGCUCGAUGAUACCGGAGCCCUGCGUGAGCGUAUACGUAAUGUUGCUACGGAAAUCGAGUCCGCCACGAGGAUAAUGCACUCGAACCUUCUGCUUAUUCACCAGUCUCGCCCGCUCCCUGAUAUUUUGGAGAAGGCGAGAGGCCAAAUAACUGUACUGAAGGAUCUUUACAGUAAGCUUAAAGAAACUAUCAGUGAAUGCCCUAACCAGUAUUACAGAUUCCAUGGCGAUUGGCGAAGUGAAACUCAAGCUGUGGUGUCCUUGCUUGCUUUCAUGCAUUGGUUGGAAUUCGAGACUCUUCUUCUGCACAAAGAAGCAGAGGAAAAACUAGGCUUAAAUCCUUCAGAGUUUGGUCUCGACACUGAAGAUUAUCUUGUAGGAAUUUGCUUUAUGUCCAAUGAAAUGCCUAGGUAUGUUGUGAACCAAGUGACUGCGGGAGAUUAUGACUGCCCGCGGAAAGUUUUGAAGUUUCUGACGGAUCUCCAUGCAUCAUUUCGGAUGCUCAACCUCCGAAAUGACUUCUUGCGCAAGAAGUUCGACGGAAUGAAGUAUGACCUGAGGAAAGUGGAAGAAGUGUACUACGACGUGAAGAUCAGAGGGCUGAUGGAGAAAGGGAACAAGACUAAGUCGGAGGAGCAAACAUAGAGAUGAUGCGGAGUUUGAUUCGACCACACUCAGGUACGUUACGUAUGUUGAGUCAAAUGGUUUGUUUUCUUUGCUGUUAUCCGCCUGGGAGCGAUAGAGUGUGUUCAACAAGGGUUUCUAAAAAUUAUACUAAUAUAUAAUAUAUACACAUUUAAUAAUGUAUAUGAUUACUUGACAAGCCUUAUAUAAUGGGGUAAGCCCAGUUAUAAAAUCAAGGGACAGCAGACAAAUUUAGGCCCAAUGUUUUAAAUUUGAUCA